AAUGGGCUUUUGGAGCCCAUUCCAAUUUCUUCUCUAACCUAGACAGACAGAGAGAGAAAGAAAGAUAUCUGCGCAGAAAAGAAACAAACAGCCAGCAAAAUCAUCAUCACUGUUGCCAUGUUUUUGAAAUGACGAAACUUGUUUGCAACUUUGUAAGAAACAAUCUCAAAUAUUCUGAAAGUUCUUAACUUUCAGAACUUCAUCAUUGCCUAAAGCUUCUAUUCAAUGACGGUGCCAAGUAACUCUUUUUUCUUCUAAACCCUUUUUCUCACGCACUGUUAUUUUGUUAUUUCUUCUAUUUGAGAUUGUUUUGAAAUCAUUUAGAGAGUUUAAUAUUGAUCAUAAUAAUGUCAACUGAGGAAGUUUUAAUGGAGAAGAUUAGAAGAAAGCCUAAAUUUGCUGUAAGAAUUUCUAGGAACUCGUUGAGAACUAGAAAGGAUGAAAAUGGUUUUAACAAGGAUGAUAGUUUUGAUAGAGAAAAUGGGGGGUAUAAGGGGAAGUUUAAGAAAAAUGUGAACUUUAGAGGAAGUGAAGAAUUCAGUGGUUAUGAGAGAAGAAAGUUUUAUGAGAGAGGUAAAAUUGAUGAUAGAGAAAAUCGGGGGUAUAAGGGGAAGUUUAAGAAUAGGGAAAACUAUAGAGGAAUGGAAUCGGGUGAAGAAAGGAGUGGCGAGAAGUUUCAUGAUAGGGGAAAGGUGAGAACUAGAAAGGAUGAAAAUCGGUUUAACAAGGGCGAGGUUUUUGAUAGGGAAAAUGGGUAUAGGGGAAAGUUGAAGAAAAAUGAGAACUUUAGAGGGAUGGAAUCCGGUGAAGAAAGGAGUGGAGAGAGGUUUCAUGAGAGAGGAAGGUUUAGAAAUAGAAAGGAUGAUAGUCGUUUCAAAAAGGACGAGAUUUUUGAUAGGGAAAAUGGGUAUAAGGAGAAAUUGAAGAAAAAUGUAAACUUUAGAGGAAUGGAAUCGGGUGAAGAAAGGAGCGGUGAGAGGUUUUAUGAAAGAGGAAAGUUGAGAACUUUCGAUACUUUUAAAACUUUCGAUUCUUCUAGGAGGAAGAAGAGAGUGUAUGCUGAUACGGAAGGAAUGGAUGAAAGUGGCAAGUUGUGGAGUGGUGAGGAAAUAUCAAAGAAGAAAACUUUGUUUAAGAAAGGGGAGAAGAAGGUGAGAGAUGAAACUGUGGAAGAGAAAAUCGUGGAAGAGAAAAAUGAUCACCGUACAAUAUGGGAUCUCAGUAAAUUGAAGAAGGCGAAAAAAUCCAAAGACAAGCUUUCUAAUGAAAAUUUGAAGAACAAGCAAGAAAUUGAUGAGAGGAAAGUCGAAGUUGUGUCUCCUUCAAUUUCCGACAUGAAAAAACCAGGGUUGGAUGGUGAUGCCGAGAAACUUGAUGAUCGCCGACGGAAGAAAAAGAAAAGGGUGAUAAGGAUCGAUCCAUAUGAUAUCUCAAACAAGAGACUAGAUGAUUCCAUUGGUGUUGACGGAAUUAAAGAAGAGAAGAAAAAGGAUUCUGAGAAAAAGCCCGAAAUGUCCCUGAAUGCUCAAUUUCGUGCAAUACAGCCUAGCCCUUCAAUACUUACCUUUGUGGAAAAAAAUCUUUUGGGCAGGAGACGCAUGAUUGAUAUAAAGAGGGCAGGCUACAAUAUAGAACUUCCUGCACCAUUAGAUAAUAUUCCCUUCUCUAAAAGUUUAGAAAGAGAGAACAUUGAAGAAAAUGUUUUUAGAAACAGAUUGGAAUUUUUCGCUGCUGCAAAGGUCUCAUCAUCAUUUCCACCUCCUAAUCUUCCGGAGAUUGCAUUUGCUGGUAAGUCAAACGUCGGUAAAUCGUCUCUUCUUAAUGCACUCACUAGACAAUGGGGGGUUGUACGGACAUCGGACAAGCCUGGCCAUACACAGACAAUAAAUUUCUUCAGUUUGGGAACAAAGCUUAGCUUAGUUGAUUUGCCGGGAUAUGGAUUUGCGUAUGCAAAAGAAGAAGUGAAAGAAUCUUGGGAGGACCUUGUAAAGGAGUAUGUUUCAACAAGAGUUGGUCUCAAACAAGUAUGCCUUCUGAUUGAUACAAAAUGGGGCAUGAAACCAAGAGAUCUUGAACUGAUUGAAUUAAUGGAAAGAUCAAAAACUAAGUACCAGAUAGUAUUAACUAAGACUGAUACAGUUUUCCCAAUUGAUGUGGCGCGACGUGCCAUGCAAAUUGAAGAGAGUCUCUUGCCAAACAAGUCUGUAAUUCAACCUCUGAUGAUGGCCAGCUCAAAAUCUGGAGCAGGCAUCAGAAGCUUGAGAACUGUUCUUGCCAACGUAGCUCGAUUUGUCAAGAUAUAAAUAAAGGAUAUAAUAAGGCCAUAUGCUUUUUUGCUGAUUGGAAAAGUUUUAUACCUGAAGGCGGCGCCACGAAGGAUUAGUGACAUGUUUAUUUUUUUAGUAUUCUAAUUUUAAGUGGCACAUCACUGAUAUGUAUAAGCUGCCAUUUUAAUCACUUUUUUUGGCAUUCAUUUUUGUUAAUUAACUUAAACAUAUUGUUCACUUGGUCAAAUAGAAUGGAUGCAUGCAUGCUUCCCACUCCUUUCUAAA